CCUCCACCUCCGCCUCUUGCUUGAUCUGUUGUCCGCCGUCUGUCAACAGCUGCGCCCAUCCCUCGUCUUAUCCCGAGCACCCGUCCCGCUCCAGCGUCGAGAUCACUGAACCCAAUCCACACCUCGUGCAACAUGUCCCUCGAGCCCCAAAUCACCACGCACCACACCGCGCUCACCCCGCCCUUCCCCGGCGCGCCCGCGUUCACGUUCCACCUCACCCGCCUCACGGACACUCUGUUUGUCUGGGCCGGUGCGGCUGAACGCGCCGAGGAGGAGCCUAAGCGCACCCUCGCGCAGGAGUGGGCUGUUGCCAUGCCCAGCCGCGGCUCUAUUCCCGCGACUGCGACGCCGGUGUUCCGGCAAGGCGCAGGAGAUAUGGCGUUGCCCAUGGCUCAGAGGCUUGCUAAGCGCUUCCCCUCAAAUCAGAUCCACCUCUCGCUCUCACUCCCAGCCAGCCUGACGGCUACGUCGGGGCCCAACGUCGACCCAUAUGCUAGCAAGGCCCUGCUCGUGAUGGAGAAGCGGCUUGUUGCGUGGAUCACUGAGGUGAUUGGCGCGCCGGCUUCGAGCGCAUAGCAGGGCUGUAUCGAUUCCAUCAUCUCGCUCCCACGUCCAACUAUAUCUCGCCUCAUUCCCCUGCUCAUCGUCAUCUUCAUAUUGUGCAUCUCCGUUAGCUCCGUCAGCCAGCAGAAGUCUGGACGCGGAGUGCGCGUCCUAUGUCCUUCACGCAGCCGGGGCGUUCAGGGUACCGACACGACGUCGAACGAUGUUGACCCAUUUUCAAGGCGCGAAAAAGCUGAGGCGAGCACGGGAUAGCGGCCUGCUGUGGUCUGCGGAACGCGGGCGGACAUCAGACGAUGUAGUAGCAAGAUACCAUGCAUGUUUGAUAUCCAUCGCGGC